CAACAACAAACCGGCAACUGACAAAAUGCUGUGCGCAAUCUCUGGGGUAGCUCCCCAAGUCCCUGUUGCUUCACGCAAGAGCGGUAAUGUCUUCGAGAAACGCCUGAUUGAGGCUCACAUCGCCGAAAGCCAAACCGACCCAGUAACUGGUGAGGAGCUCUCCGUCGACGACCUCAUCGAGCUCAAGUCUGCCCCCGUCGUGACAGCACGCCCGCCCAGUCUCACCUCUAUCCCCGCUCUCCUCAGCGCGUUCCAGACCGAAUGGGAUGCUCUCCUCCUUGAGUCGUACGCCCUGAAGAAGCAGCUGGCGCUGACGACGCAGGAGCUCAGCGCAGCGCUGUACGCGAACGAUGCUGCCACGCGAGUUAUUGCAAGAUUGAGCCAAGAGCGCGACGAAGCUCGAGAAGCUCUUUCGAACGGGACUAUACGUGAACGUGGCGCUACCAGCAACGGAGACGCGAUGCAAAUUGACAGCCAAGGUCUCCCUGACGACCUCGUCGCUAAAGUUGAUGAGGCUCAGCAACAACUCUUCGGCGGGCGACGAAAACGCCACAUUCCCGACGGCUGGGCUACCGCCGACAACAUCGCGUCUCUCCAUGUAACAAGCUCGACCGACGCUCUGUUCCUAGACAGCCCCACAAUUGUCCUCGACGAGUCUGGAGACUUAGCACUCUUCGGAGGUGCCAACGGUGUUGCCAGCGUCUACUCUCUAUCACAACAGAAAGUGCUUCAUGCCUUACAGUGCGGCUCUGCCGUGACGGCCACGUUAUGGUGGCAGUCCCGUGCGAUUGUUGCGACUUCAGCCGGCACCAUCAAGGUGUUCGAUGGUUCCAAUGAGGUUGCAGAGUUGGGGUCACACGCAGGACAAGUGACGUCCAUUGCUCUUCAUCCUAGCGGCGCUAUCCUGGCCUCGACAGGAAUAGACAAGUACCUCAUGUUCUAUGAUCUAUCGAGCUUUAAGGUGGUUUCACGGGUCUAUACUGAAGCUGCCAUUACUUGCUGCGCGUUUCACGUAGAUGGCUUACUCUUCUUUACGGGCAGUCCGGACGAGCGAAUUCGAAUCUACGACGUUAAGAAUGGUACUAAAAUGGCCGAUCUCGAGACGGGUGGAGCUGUUCACAGCAUCUCCUUCUCAGAGAACGGGACCUGGUUCGCAGUUACCCAGACUGGUUCGAGCACUGUGUCCGUGUGGGAUCUUAGGAAACAGGCAGUUAUCAAGGUGCUCGAUGUUGGCAGCCCAGUGAACAACAUUCAUUGGGAUUACACCGGACAGUUCUUGGCGACGGCAGGAUCCGGUUGCGUCUCGGUGCAACAGUACACAAAAUCUUCAAAGAGCUGGUCGGAGCCUGUUCGGAAGGCUGUUCCUGCGCGGGAUGUCGCAUGGGGUUCCAAUGCAUCCGUGUUAGUAGUUUUAUCCCCAGAGGGCGCAUUGAGUAUUCUUAGUGGAGCGUAAGGCGGAAGGGGAGCUGCGAGCGAGGCAAGUUCGCAAUAUUGAAGUAGAACAGCAAGGCUAGAGGCCCCAAAAGGAGACGCUGUGUUUUCGAAGAGUGCCUGGGCUGCCGGGCUUGUACUCUCAGCGUGUUGGAUUGGUCCUGAGAGCACUCCGGACUUGGCACUACCUAAGUAAAAUGGAAUUGGCUCGGCGGAUGGCAUCCAACAAAAUGUAACAUAGAUGAAUUGUUCUAGAAGUAGUAGGGGAGAACAGGAGACCCUUGGAAUUCUUCC